AAGAAACUUAAUUUUUACUCCAGCAUUAGAUUGGACUAGUAGUUCGAAUAAGCAACAUCAAAAUGAAAACCUUCAUCGUCGCCGUCUGCAUCUUCGCAUGCGCCCUGGCCUCUGAGCAGGACGCUCAGGUCCUCCGCAGCGACUACGCUCAAAACGAAAAUGGCGAAUUCCAGUUCGCAUACGAAACUGAAAACGGUAUCUCCGGCCAGGCUUCCGGCAAAGUGAAGCUCGUCGGAAAGGACGAGGCUGCUCUUGAGGUGACUGGCUCCAACGCCUACAAAUCCCCCGAAGGUGAUGUUUACAGCGUGAGCUACGUUGCCAACGAGUUCGGAUACCAGCCACAGGGUGCCCAUCUCCCCACUCCCCCCGCCCCCGUCCCAAUCCCAGACUACAUCGCAAGGGCUAUUGAAUACAUCGCUGCUCACCCUUACACCGAAAAGAAGUUGUAAAUAUAAAUAAUUAAACAAACUUCGCAAAUACCAAACCAAGCCAACGUAUUAUGUCACUCGAUGCAAAACUGUUACAAGCGGAAAAUGGCUUUAACAACUUAUUUUUUGUUAAUUUUUGUUUUUUAGGCAAUAAAUAAUGUAAAAACGUUUACCAAAA